UCCUCCUCCUCUCAAACUCCUUCAACUCCUCACCGAAUAGGCACUCGACUCCUCAACGAUUUCGACUAUUGACGAUCCGAUUUUCCGUCCCCGCCGUUAUUGAUCGUAUUUAGACCAUCUCCGCGGCUAGUUAGCGGAUAACUUUAGCCAUCUAAUGUUCAAAGUUUUAGCGUCAUCGGUCCUGGAUUCUAAAUCAAUUUUCAUUCAUAUUCGAUACGGUUCAGGCUGCAUAAAGGAUGAGAAAUGGUCUUCCUCAUUUGAAAAGGAAGGAUACCGCCGAUGGAGUCGAAUCGAUUGUUUUUUUAGACCAUCUCCGCGGCAAGUUAGCCGAUAGCUUCAGAAUCUAGCGAUCCAAUGGUUUUAGCCUCUCGUUUUGGAUUUGAAUCGUUUGCCCUUUCGUAUCCAAUCCUGGUCAAAUCGUAUAAGGUAUGCAAGAUGGCUUCGAUCGUCCGGAAAGGAAAGUUACCGCCGCACCGUCUCGCUUCCGGUUUCUCUUCCUCCUCAACUACUUCCUUCACCAGCUACAUCUACCCAAAAACCAACCCAUCCUCCAGAAUUCGAAGUCCUCGAUUGCGCGGAGUCCUCUUCAUACGUAUUCCUUUGUUAUUCUAGUCGCAUCCAGUCUACAAAUCUACCCAAGUCGAUUCAAUUUGAUCGUGAUACAGUUGUCCUUGUUGUUAGUCCAAGCAAAAACCAGCCACUCCUUAUCCAUCCCAGCACUCCCUGAUUGAUAUUAUCUAAUGUCCGGGCGAGAGAAAAUAAAGGGAAAAAUGAAAGAAGAAAAUUUAAAAAAUCCAAGUAAGAUGAUG